CUUUCAAAACUAUACAGUACAUCCAGCCGUCUGGCGCUGUACCGAAACGUUCAUUCCUCGUGUCUAAUUUCUUUCUUUUUCUUCAGAACUGAAAACAAAAAAAUAAAACCAUAAGACUUUCAGUCACAAGUUAUGGAGUUGUUAAAUAUCUCAUCAUCAGCAAGCUCAGCUCAAGCAUUCUUUGAGAAAUAUGAUUGGAGAGAAGUUCAGGAACUGCUCAGUCUCACCUCGUGCACCUGGUUCCUGGGUGGAGAUGAUCUCGUCCAGCAUGUAGACCCUCCACCUGGAAUGAUCAGACAAAUCCAAGAUGUAUUUCACCCCAAUGCUCUCAUCCUGGCCCCAUGUGACACUGGGGUGUGUAUGGAUUACAGAGUGGUCCAUCAGAUAAUCCGAGAACUCACUGUUGGAAUAUACUGCUUCAACCAAGUGCCGUCCAUCAGCCUGGAGCCCAACCCCGAUCGGAGCUCUGCGUGUCACCUGACCCCGGCCUACUGCGACACCAAAGUUGGGCAGAUUCUCCUAAACAUUGAUUACACCAUGAAGGCCCUAUGGCAUGGAGCAUACAUUCCUAAAGAAAAGCGGCCGAUGUUCCUGGAGCUUUGGAGGUCGAGCAUGAGUGUGGAUUCCAGCAAAGUUCCUCAGGCUGAAGAAGACAAGCUUACUGAGUUUCUCACAGCAGGUCUAAUGGACAUUUCUGAUGACCCGUGUUACCAGGGCAUAUACGACGAAGAAAAACACAACUCUGACCCAACUUAUGACCCCAACAGUGCAGAGGAGCAGAAGCUCUUCUCUCAGUAUGCUGAAAACAUCUUGCUGAAGAUCACCUCAUACCUGACCUCGGUCCAUCAGCACGAGAACCUCUUCACCUUUGAGGGCACACACAGUCUGUCUAAUGUGGUGCGGCUGACAGAGGACGGUCUGGAACUGGGCACGUACCAGCGUCUGCAGCAGAGGCUCUCUCAACACGUGAGGCUGGUAAAGAAACGCCUUGGAUGCAAAGUGGAUCUGGCCCGGGACCUGGCCUACCUAAAGCUCAUCAGCUUCCUUGUGCCUUUUUUCAUCGCCCUGAGGAAGAAGAUGAGGAUUCCAGACCUGUCUCAAAUGGUCCUGCCUAUUUCAGGUGACACGCUGAAAACCGAGCGAGAGCUACCACCUCUUCUCCUUGGACAAAGAUUUUCCUGUAAGCACUUUCCGUUCAAGCCGAACAAGCAUUUUCAUCUUCACGGUGAGAUCGAGGUUGAUGUAGGCACUCCUGAGCUGAAAGACAUCACUGAGGGCAUGAGGGCUGCUUUCAUAACUCUGCAAAACCACGGAGUAGGCUAUUUAAAUGACCUGCUUCGGCAAGACCCCACCUACAAGGAGAACUUUCCUAUCCCCGUCAGUGAGAUCGAUGGAAAAUGCUAUAGUGUGAUCUCUAUUGCACUGGCAUCCUUCUAUCCACAACCUAACACCGUGCAGUGGUGGGAAGCCAUGAACAAGGCCAUCAAACUUGCACAGGAACAGAGACUGCCGCUAACCGACUUUCAGCUUCAUGAGCAAUUUAAGAAAACGUUUGGUUACGACAAAGCCAUACAGUGCAAGAACGUACUGUUUGGACUGCGUGCAGCUGCAGAGCGAGGCCUCUCUGCCGUUUUUCACACCCUGAGCAGUAAAACCCCCCCUGGCCACCUGGGGGCGCUGGACGAACAAGGAUACUCUUUAGUCCACCAUGCUGCCAUGUAUAACCAGCCGCACAUCAUCUACCAGUUGGCUGCUGCCGGAAUUAACCUUAACCAGACAUGCGUCGGGAGGUCCAUCUGCUCCAGACUCACGCCGCUCCACCUGGCCGCUCAGUGCGGCUCUCUCGAGGCGCUUAACUGUCUGAUCGCUCUGCGAGCCGACUGCACACUCGUGGACAGGAGAGGCUGGCUGGCUGUACACUUCUCAGCCUUUUAUGGACAGGUCUCCUGUCUCCGGGCCCUGUGCAGAAAAGAUCCCAGCUUGCUGGAUGGAUACACGUCUGCAGAGUAUUGUGGCACGCCCCUCUUACUCUCAGCCAUGUCAGGAUCUCUUGAGGCACUGGACUACCUGCUGUCCAAUGGGGCAAACUGGAGAACGACAGACAGCGAGGGCAAUAACGUGGUCCAGCUGGCAGCUCUUUACUUUCACACUGACAUCCUCAGGCGCCUCAUUCAGCUGAAUCUAGAUGACCUUCCUGUGUGGAGGAUUCUUGUUGAGAUGUUACAGAGCAAAGAGAACAAGAGGUUAGAGAUGGCUGUCAGAUGCAUCGAGGCUCUCUGUGUGAACGCUGACCCCUUCUGGAAGGAGAUCAUGGAUUCAGGUGGGAUCCCAGUAUUAAUGGACAUUUUGCUCAACGAGAGGCCGUUGUUCCAGCGCAUGGCAGCGGCCGUUUUGUGUCACAUGACAAAGAACCUUCCGGUUUGUGAGGAGCUGGUGCGCUUUGGUGGCGUCCAGGUGCUUAUCAAACACCUCAGCAACCACGAUCCAGAACUUCAGUCGCGCUGCACCGUUAUCCUGACAGACCUGGCUGGUCACAGCGGGACGUAUCAGACUCAAAUCUCUGAGCUUGAUGGGGUUGCCCCUGUGGUUCAGCUGCUGACCUCUGACCUCCAGGACGUGCUGCUGAAUGCUGUCAGGUGUAUCCGGGUGCUUUGUGUUGCUUGUCCGCAAAACCAGACCAUGAUGGCAAAUUGUGGAGCCAUCCAACAGCUGGUGGAUUUACUCACCGUGAACUCUGAUCUACUUCAAGGAGAAGUGUGUCUGGCUCUGGCUGAGCUGGCCCACGGCCACAGGGAGAACCAAGACCUGAUUUGUGGUGCCUCUGCCGUGACCUAUGUGGUGCAGAUCCUGAGCUCUAGAAAAAUCUCGCUCCAGGUGAAAGCUGCCAAAGCGCUAGAAGCCAUAGUGCACCAAAACCCUGCCAUACAGGAACAAUUCCUUAACAAAUCUACCACCAGGCAUCUUCUACACCUCCUAAAGGUUUUCGAUCAGAAGGUGAGGGAACAGGGUGCGACGGCUCUCUGGGCCUUAGCGGGACGAACCCGGAAGCAGCAGAAGCACAUAGCCGAGCUCAUCAGCUACCGUUUCAUCCUGGAUCUGCUCCUGUCUACGUCGGAUAAAAUGCAAUACGUAGGAUGCCAGGCGGUGAUAGCGCUUAGCCGAGACUGCCACGCCCACCAGUACGGACUGUGUAAGGAGAACGGCGUGCCACCAUUGGUUCGGUUGCUGCGUGGAUCCCGGACUACCGAGAGAACGCUGCUUGCCGUAAUCGCCGCGCUUGGGACCUUGUGCAUCGGUGUGGCACAGAAGAACAACAAAAACAGCCAAAAUGUGAUCUAUGAGGAAAAAGCUAUUCCGACCUUGUUAGAGCUUCUCCGAAACCACAAAUCUCUCCAGGUCAAGGUCCAGGUCUCUCAGACUCUCGCUUGCAUCUUGAUGGGCAACCAGCAGCUCCAGACGGUCUUUUGGGAGCAGGAAGACUUCUCCUACGACAUCAUUCAGGAGCUGCUACAAGCUGAAGACAGAAGCAUCCGUCUGGAAGCAGGCCACGCCCUGGCGCUGUUUGCAUACAACAAUCCGAAGCAGCAAGCGGUUAUUAAGAAAAAGGGAGGCGUUCCAGUCCAAACAUUCGAGACCUUUUUGUUUUCAAAUGAUGAAACCGAAAGGGCCAAAGCUGCAUUUCAGAUUAUUGUGCUAGGUAAUGUGAUCACUGGCUCUGACCAAGUGACCCUGACUGCAAGGGGAGUCACAAUCCUAGUAAAAUUACUGCAAUCGGAUAAAAACUCUUCAGUGAUCGUUACAGCUCAGUUUUUAGCCAGCCUGGCCCACACCCGAGCAGGUAUCCCGGAUGGCAUUGUGACUAUGGGAGCGAUAGAGCACCUCUCCAACCACCUGUACUCCAAAGACGAGGAGGUACGCACGGCCUGCGCUAACGCCCUCGGUUACCUGAGCUUCAAUCAGUUCGCACAUCGCCUCCUGCUGGUGGAAUGCAGGAAAAAUCCACAGACGUACAAAACGCUGAGGGAGCAUUUAUCCGAGGAUGCCAAAAUAUGCCGCAAGUUCACAAAUGAGUUCAGUAGACAGAGGAAAGUGGGGCUUCCGUCACUCGAAUAUCGCACCAGAGAGGUAGAUUUUUAUCAGAAUUUGAACAAAUUUAGAUGGACUUAAUUGAAUUAAGUGGUAGCUCAUUGCUUAAGAUGUUUGACUUCUGAUCGAAAGGCCAUAAGUUUAAAUCCAUGCUAAGCUCCUGCUCCUGGGACCCCGAAUCAAGGCCCUUAACCCUCAUGUGUAUAAGGUCAUCUGCCACAUCUUAGAUGUGCCUCAACCUGUAAUGGGGUUACAGUUACCACUAUGACGUGGAUGGAUUUCCAUAAUAAAAACAGCAUGUUCUGAAGUGUUUUAUUCAUCUUUCAGAUGUUUUAAUCA